AGUAUAGCUUCCAUGGAUAUCGCCGUAAAGUUUUACUAACGUAUGUGCUAUGUGCGGGCUAAUAGGCCCCUAAUAGUUAUAUGUGGUGAUAGACAAUAACACCUUGAAUUUGCGAAAGAAAAAUUAGAACUUAAGACUUUAGGUCUAGCCCCCUUUCCAGCCAUUUCCUGGGCCAUCUUCACUCAUCUUCCUGCAACAUCUGUUUGAGUCUGAAAUCUUAAGUCUUUCCAUUCUCAAGAUGGGUUUCCAUUCAAAGGAGAAGGCAUAUGAUCCGUUAGUCUCGGAUGAGACAAGACCCUCACAAAGCUCUGAUGGCCUUGAAAGCCAAGGAGAAGAUAGGGCUAUGUUGUCACGUCACUUUAGGCAGCGACCUUCUCGUCUUGCUUCUUGGGCAAGAGUAGGCGGCAAGGUUCUUGCAGUCGUCAACACCAUUCUCUUGAUAAGCAUCGUCAUCGUGCUCUCACUUUCUCGCCACGAGAGAAAUGAAUGGUCGGAAGCAGAAUGUGCUGCUAAGACAUCACACUAUUCUCCACUCCUAGAAAAGGAUGCGGGAGUUAUAGAGUACGAAACUCGUCGAUUCCGAGGCGCGCUCGAGCAUCAAAGUGUUUACAAGGGUACGCCAAAUAAGGCACUUGACGAAGCCUGGACAAUUCUUACGCACAUGAACAACUCCGGAGUGAGUGGCGAUGUCAUCGACAAGAUCGGAAAGUCGCGGAUUGCGGUCAAGUAUCCCGAAUCCCAGGGAGGGAAAUAUAAUAUUGGCAUAGAAGUGUUCCAUCACAUGCACUGUUUGAAUAUCAUCCGCCAGUACACGUAUAAGGAGUACUAUUUCAAGCCAGAGAACGUACCAAAAAGCUUUACUGACCCCGAACACAUCAUUCGUGCUCAUAUUGAUCAUUGUAUCGAAAUGUUGCGUGAGACCCUUCUUUGCCAGGGCGACGUAGGUAUUAUCACUUAUAAUUGGGUCAAGCCUUGGGGUAUAUACCCAGACUUUAGCACAGAACACAAGUGUCGCAAGCUUGACAAGAUUGUGGAAUGGGCUGACAAGAAUGCUCUACCUGAUGGAGACCCGGAGCCCGAUGAGAGCACAGUUUUUCUCCCAGGGCCACCGCAAUAAAGGGCGUAUUUGGGAUAACCGGUGCAGAGAUAGUACUUAGGGGGACUCGAAACUCCGAUGAAAAUCUAGAAGUCUUGUGAAUUGUGUGGGUUUGGUUAUGGCUCUUUCUCAUAGCAGUAUGAAUACCUA